AUGUCUACAGAGAAAAAAACAGUUGAAGACCAAGAGGGAACUUUUAAGCAUAAGAAUAUACAGUUGUCCAAUGAAUCAAAUGAAGCAUUGGUUGCGCUGAUUAAGAUGGACCCAAAUGCUCAUUACUACCAAGAGUUAUCACUGGGAUUUAAUGGUAGUCCUUUGGGUGGUGGUAUCAAUGGUGGAGCAAAGAAAGCAAUUAAAAAUACAGGACCAAUUCAAAGAGUAAACUUAAGAGUGGAGAAAAAGAUACAUGAAAUCGAUAUCGAUGGAAAACAAGCAUACGUUUCAGUUUAUAAAUUGGAUGCAUCUGGAGACUUUUAUUUAGGUGUCAUCGAGGAAAGACUCAUCAAGAAAAAGAAAAUUCUAACCAUCACACAGGAACAUGUCAAUGAUUUAACUAGAGCAGGUUUCAAGCCAUCAAAGUUUGAUUUGCUAUUCAACAAGAUUUCAAUAACACCAUCUUCUCCAUCAACUUCAACCUCAACUCCACCAACACCUUCAUCGCCAACAUCAACUACAACAACUCCAUCUACACCUUCCUCACCAACUACCACCAACACUCCAUAA